AUUUCGGUUCAUGUCACUUUCUUCCUUCAAUCUCCCAAAUCUUUCGAUCUGGGCUGAUCACGACGCCGAAUCUGAGCCGACCGAGAGCUGCAACCUUAUGCUGGCUCGAGGUUGGAAGUUGGAGGUUCACUCCGUUCACUCCAUCUCGCGACCGAAACAACAUGUCACCUUCAAAGAUACCGCCAGGAUGAUGGAGCUUUUUCAACAGCGUAGCAGAAUGCCCUGCUCAUAACAUUUCUCGCCCAAACUCCAGCCAUGUAUACAGCCAUGCAUACAAUUACUAUAUAUCUACCUCGGUUCAGAUUUCCUCCCUCUAUCCAGAACUCGAAAGGAAAAAUGCAGCACCAUGCCAUCUCUUGGUCCUCAGUCAAUACACCCAAACCAGCAUUGCCACCUGCCUCUUUUGGCCCACGAGGCUUUCAGCAGCCAUGUAACAUGUCCGGCGCUCGCCUGCGCUAGGAUAGUUGUGUGGUGUCACUAGUAUGGGAACUCUGAGGGGGACGCUCUCGGGGCCGGAAGCGUGGCGCUGAACUUGCCAGUCAAGCCCCUCGCUUGGGAGCCAUCUCCGUCAAUGGCUGGCGCUGUUUGAAGACAAGACCAGCAGAAAUUGCGGACGCCCGAGACGCCUUCUUGUGAAAGACAAACACAAAGGAAAAAACUUUGACUUGCUCGAGAUCAACCUCUACGGCUCGCAUAUCCACGGGCCGAGGUUUUCAGGACGUCCUCUGUCUGUCGGUGAAAGCCGUUCGUUCGCUUGGACAUCUAAGGUUAUCUCAGUUCAUGCAAGACAAAAUCCAGACGGAUUACAGUCAGAGUAGUAUACUAUCGAGUAUGGACCAGGUCUGUUUCCAAGGGGUUCAGGUCAAGCCUUUCGUGCCAGGGCUCGGCGAUGAGAAAAGCUUUGCAUGGCGAAUCGUUUGGCUGGAUGGUGGCCUUGGGGUAGCACUCUCUCCCCGCACUCUCGAUGCAUGGCACGGGGCACAGCUCGCGCUGGAUGGAUCCUUGGCCAUACUCGUGCAAGGACCAGACAUCUAACGUCUCCGAUCAGUUCAAACGCCAAAUCUACGAUAACCCCAUCGCAUACAGCUUUUUCCAGCGGGACAUGAUAUGAAUACCAAAUCAUCUCCAACGACUUACAAGUCACUACCUUAUCGCAUUCAAUGGCCGCUCUGCCUUCUGGUGUUGCUAAAUAUCUCAACUCGUAUUAUACUAAAGUCGGCUGUUGAUCGUGUGCCGUGAGUUUGUGGUGCCACCCCUCACCAUGCACGAAACCAGCCCUAAUCAGCGAAUCAGCGCCUACUACGCUAUCGAGAAUGUAGAUAUCUAAUCCGAAACUUGGAAAAGAACACCCCAAGCCGUUUUUCAGCCCUGCUGUCGAAGGAUCAUCCCUCCCUUCUAUUGGAUAUGGAUUAAAAUUGAAGCUCGUUCAUCUUGUGUGCCUUUGCCUUUCGUUGCCGGUCGAUGGCUGGACGAAGGACACCCCUACCCGGGAAAGAUGCACUGGCAAAUCGGAGGUUCAAGAUCCCAUGUUCUUCGGUCCUUCUAGCUGUCGACAAUCGAAAGCUGGUGGCCAACUUCCUAGAUUGGAUAUGCAUGGCAUCGAGACUAUCCACACGGGCUUGACUGUGGUCCUUUGUAACUUCUCUCUAGGACGAUCAGAGUAGGGGCAACCCAACAGGAUCCGUGCCAGUUGAUCAACGGCUCAAUCGACGACCAAUACCAACGAGAUCUCUCUAGUAUGCUUUCGGCUCAGCUGCAGCAGGAAGGUGCUUUGCCACUCGAGAUGUUACUGUUGGUGUGUACUAGGGCUCUUAGAACCCCUGUCCAUAGGAGAUCUGUAUGUUGUGUCUCGGAAGCUGCAACAUUGGACAAACCCCGCUGAAGCUUAUAUAGCUUCAUGUCCUACCCAUACGAGGACGUUCCACAGAGUCGUACAUCCCACAUUGUUCGCGUCUUCCAUCAUCGUCGUUCUCUUAAAGAAACUUUCAAUAUGCCCGGAAAUAUCGACGAUGCCGCCAUUGGCAUUAAACACGACCCUUCGGUUGCAGUUGCUCCUGGUUUUAAGCAUGAAGGGCCAGCAUCCGACCACAAGGCUGUUCCUCCUCUUGUAGUGGAAGGCCAACCAACACGCUCACGCCACUUCAACGACUAUGACGACUCUGACUUUGAACAAGGCGAGUAUCCAACUGAAGAAGAAUUGCAUUCUCUUCGUCGCGUAGCCGAUUCCAUCCCGUGGAGAGUCUAUACCCUCGCCUUCGUCGAGCUGGUCGAGCGUUUCUCAUACUACGGCUCCACUGUCGUCUUCACGAACUUCAUCCAGCAGCCUCUUCCCAAAGGAUCAAAAACUGGAGCUGGCUUCACAGAUGGCCAAUCUGGUGCGCUUAACAAAGGACAACAGGCAUCCACAGGUAUCGGAACAUUCAAUCAGUUCUGGGUAUACCUCAUGCCACUGUUUGGUGCCUAUGUUGCAGAUAAGUAUCUAGGUCGCUACAAGACCAUCUGCUAUGCUCUUGGAAUCGCCAUUGUCGGUCAUAUCAUCAUGGUUGUCUCCGCCACGCCAACUGUCAUUGUUCACGCAAACAGUUCCCUGGGCUGCUUCCUGAUCGGUAUCAUCAUCAUGGGAGUUGGAACCGGCGCUUUCAAGCCAAAUAUUUCUCCUCUAAUCGCAGAACAACUUCAUGUUACCAAACUUGUCGUUCGCGAUAGACCGGAUGGAGAGCGGGUCAUCAUCGAUCCUACUGUCACACAGAGUCGUGUGUACCAUUACUUCUACCUCUUCAUCAAUAUUGGCGCCCUUGUCGGUCAAGUCGGCAUGGUCUACGCUGAAAAAUAUGUUGGCUUCUGGCUCUCAUACCUCCUCCCGACGUGUCUUCUUUGCGUAUGCCCUCUGGUCGUCUGGUACUGCCGUGACAAGUACGUAAUGGCACCACCUGAAGGAUCUGUCCUCGGCAAAGCCGUCGGCCUUUUCCUACUCGCCAAUAAAGGCCGCUGGUCCCUCAACCCCGUCAAGACCUAUAAACGCCUCUACGACGGUACUUUUUGGGAAUCCGUCAAACCGUCCAACAUCGAGCCCUCCCGGCGCCCGGCUUGGAUGACCUUCGACGACCAGUGGGUCGACGAAGUCGCCCGUGGUUUCGCCGCCUGCUCCGUCUUCUGCUGGGUUCCCCUCUACUGGCUCACCUAUAAUCAACUCAACAACAACCUCACCUCUCAGGCUGCAGUAAUGAAACUCAACGGCCUGCCCAACGACGUGCUCUCCAACCUUGACCCCUUCGCGCUCAUCAUCCUCAUCCCGCUCUGCGAUCUCGUCUUUUGGCCUUUCCUCCGCAAAAUGAAGAUCCGCUUCACGCCCAUCAAGAAGAUCACCAUGGGUUUCUAUACCGGCGCCGCGGCUAUGAUUUGGGCGGCUGUGGUCCAGGCUUAUAUCUACAAGAAAUCUAUCUGCGGCACUGGCGCUGCUGGGCUCCUCCCAGCGGAACUCGGUGGAGACGGCGAAACUAUGUGUCCACCAGUUGACAUCAACGUCUGGGCGCAAACAGGAGCGUACGUUCUUAUCGCCAUCUCUGAGAUCCUCGCGUCGAUCACAACCCUCGAGUACGCAUUCUCAAAAGCACCAAAGAAUAUGCGGUCUCUGGUCAUGUCAUUCAAUCUCUUCAUGUCUGCCAUCUCAGCCGCUAUUGGUGAAGCGUUUGUAACACUUUCUGCUGACCCGCUGCUUGUCUGGAAUUAUGGCACGAUGGCUGUGCUGGCAUUCAUUGGUGGCACGUGUUUCUGGUUCCAGUACCGAGGUUUGGAUAAGGAAGAGGAUCAUCUGAACAUGCUGCCGACAGGCCAUUUGUACAGGGAGAAGGAUGAGGAGGCCGGGCCUGAGCAGCCAGUUGCGAGGGAGAUCAAAGAGUAGGAUAUAUCAGGAUCUCAUGGCGAUUUCGAGUUGAAGAUAGUGGAAGGUUCGUAGUGAUAAUGGUGUUUUGGUUGGUUGGGUGGCUGGUUAGGAGGAAGGGUUGGAGCGAAGAUACCACUUUUCUUUGCGACAUUCUAUGUUUGUAAUCUUAUCUACCUACCAACACUGCUAUAAUUUUCAUGCACCCGCACCCAUACCCUGCUCCUUGUGCUCGCAACCUCAUGCGGAUCAGUAUCGGAGUCUGAACCGCGUAUCUACCUGGCAAAUGGUUCUUUGUCCUUCCCCUUAUCACUUGCCCAUGAUUGUCUUGUCACCAAAAUGUGAAUAGCAUGCCAUUCUAGCCCCAUCC